AUGACAAACCAAACAACUCUACUCGACCUCGCUUACCGGCGGAGGUGGUUUUCUCCUGCGUCGUUGAACCCCUCGAUGCCGUCGGAUCCACCGGAUUCCUUGCGUAUGUGGUACCACCGUCCAUGGUUCGUCACUGUUAUCUCGCCCCUACCUCAGUCCCCGGUUUUAAUGUAUGCACCGUCGACUACAAGACUCACUCUCUGGCUGAGAUCUUCUAUUGCCUUUUACGGCUCAGUGGAUCCCCACUUCACCGGUCAUAAUAGGUUUCCCGGCACGGAGCUUGACCCUACAUCCCAGUCACCGGUUUCAAGCGUUGCGCCACCGACUGCGAAACUAUCUCCUUUGCCAUCUUCCUCCCUCCCUCCCUCGGCUGAGAUCUAUAUCGCCGGCGAUGGAUGCACCGAUACCCUAGCCAUCCUUAUCCUAUCCUGA